AUGGAGACAAAAAUCAUUGAUAAAGGUCCCGUUUUUGGAACCAGACAUGUACAAGGACUACUCAUUUUCUUCUUCGCUGCCAUAGCUUACUCAACGAGGAUACAUAUCACUGUAGCAAUCAAUGCCAUGACCUCACAAACAAGCUCCAAUCCAGAUAUACCGUAUUUUGAUUGGGACAACAAAAGCAUCAUCCUAUCGGCAUUCUUCUGGGGCUACAUAGUGCCCCAGCUCCCCGGGGGGCUCCUCAUGCAGAAACUCGGCACCAAGAGGAUCCUGCUGGUCUGCAUGGUCCUCAACUCCUUCUUCAGCAUGAUGAUCCCUUCCAUGGCCAUGCAAUACGGCUCCACAGGCGUCAUAACCUGCAGGGUGCUACAAGGGCUGUCCCAAGGGGUGUUCUACCCGGGGAUACACAAUUUGAUGGGCAAGUGGGCUGUGGUGGAGGAACGGUCCAGAAUGGCUGUAGCACCAUACGUUGGCAUAUUAACUGGAGUGAUCAUAACUUUGCCGCUGAGUGGUUAUAUUUGCGAAAGUUCACUAGGAUGGCCUGCUGUUUUCUACAUAUUCGGCUGCCUUGGCUUCGUCUGGGCAUUUUCAUUUUACUAUUUCGGAGCUGGUAGUCCAGCUUCACACAGCAGAAUCACCAAGGAAGAAAAAAGAUAUAUUGAAGAGUCACUGGCGACCACAGUAGGAAAAGACACAGCAGUUCCUUGGAAAGCAAUAUUUACUUCUGUACCGGUAUGGACGCUGAUAAUGAUGAACCUUUUGCAAGGAUGGGGAAUAGCUAUAGCUGUAACUGAAAUGCCUGUGGUGUUGGAUAAAGUUUUGCAUUUUGACAUAGAAUCUAAUGGAUUAUUGUCUGCUGCCCCGUACUUGAGCAAUUUAAUAGGAAGUCUUUGUUUCGGAUGGCUCUCAGACUGGUUGAUAACGAAGCAAUAUCUGACAGUGACAAAAGCAAGGAAAUUAUUCACCGUUAUAGGUUGCGUCGGAGCGGCAAUUUUCGUCUUCACUUUCGGCUUUCUGUCAGCAAACGCCAUCACGUGGUCAGUAGUGACACUCAUUGCUCAAGCAACGGCCCGCUCGCCAGUCUCAGUAGGCUACAUGGUCAACCACAUUGAUUUGAGCCCUAAUUUCUCUGGCACUCUCAUGGGGAUCAUCAACACUGCCGCCGAAGUCUUCUCCAUUAUCACGCCGAUAACCAUUCAGUAUAUCGUCACUGAUGAAACCAAUAAAGGACAAUGGAGGAUCAUCUACAUAAUAGCAGGUGUUAUGAACUUGGCAUGCGCAAUUAUCUUUGGUUUUUUUGGUUCUGGUGAAUGCCAGUACUGGAACAACGUGGAACAAGAUAAUGAAAUUGAUAAAAAGGAAGGUGAUGCAGAAUUGAAGGAAGUGCUGGACCAGAAUCCAGUAGGGAAACCUUCACAGGGUUUAUCCAAAUAA